UGUUAUUACUUAUCUCGAAGAGCGCAAGGGGGCUGUGACAUUUCAAGCAAAGCUUAUUGGUGAGGGAGUUUCUAUGUGAGCUUUCUUAAGGAAGCACUUCCUUUUUAAUCAUAAUACUGUGUGGGAAAGUAUACCAAACAUUUCUCUCUAAGAGACCACAAGAUUUACAUAAUUCUUCUGCUCCUAUGGAAAGAGAAGAAAUGCUGAUACAACAAUCUGUUAUGGCUGUAAGCUUUGCAUUUACCUGUACUGUGGAAAGUUAGUUUCUUGUUUUCUGAGAUGCAUUUCUCAGGAGAGGAUGGUUUUGAAGAUUACUUUAAUAGAAGCGUUGUUGCUGCCCAUGAAAGGGUUCCUUCUGGUAUCUUGUCUCAGACUAUGAACUACGUAGGACAACUUGCAGGACAAGUCCUGGUUACUGUGAAGGAGCUGUACAAAGGCAUCAAUCAGGCAACCCUUUCAGGAUGCAUCGAUGUCAUUGUGGUCCGGCAGCAGGAUGGUACAUACCAGUGUUCUCCGUUUCAUGUCCGAUUUGGGAAGCUUGGUGUAUUGCGCUCUAAAGAAAAAGUGAUUGAUAUAGAAAUUAAUGGCGAUGCUGUUGAUCUUCAUAUGAAACUGGGUGACAAUGGAGAAGCUUUCUUUGUACAAGAAACUGAGGAGGAAAAUGAAAAGGUUCCUGCAUAUUUGGCAACAUCUCCAAUACCCACUGAAGACCAGUUUUUUAAAGACACUGACAAUCAUUUGAAAUCAGGUGAAAAUGAGAGAACAUGUGUGAGCUCAGAAAUUCCACACUCUGUGGAAACAGAGACUGUAUUCACCCCGGGUUCUGUGAAAAAGAAAAAAAGAAGAAGAAAGAAAUACAAACAGGAUAGCAGGAAGGAAGAUCAGAUCUCUUCUACUGGGACAGAAGAGAUUUUUGAAAUGGAAAUAAGCUCAGAUGAUGAAAAAAGUGUUCAGCCCCUAAGAGGAUCCUCAAAUUCAUCACCAAAGGGUGAAGAACAAAAAGAAUCUUUGAUUUAUCACUCGAAGGAUCAUUACCCCUUAUCUGAUGGAGAGUGGUCCCCUCUGGAGAACCCUUUCUCUGAGCCAGUCUGCCCUAAAAGUGAUUCAGAACUAGAAGUUAAACCUGCUGAGAGCUUGCUUCGAUCUGAAUCUCACAUGGAAUGGACAUGGGGAGGAUUCCCAGAAUCCACCAAGAUAAGCAAGAAAGAGAAACUGGAACAUCCCAGAACAGCUACCAUUACUCCAUCAGAGAAGACUCAUUUUAGGGUCAUCCUCAGCUCUGAUGAAGUUGAAGAUGAUGAUGAUGUGAAAGAUUCUGUCCAUACAGUACUGAAACCUGAGCCAAGAACUCAUCCUCUGCUUAAGCAGAUGGAUGUUAAAGAUUCUCUUGCUUCUGCAGUCGUAGAACCACAAGAUCCGUUGCCAUUAGAUGCUGAUCAUCAUUCCAGACUGUUGGCAGACCCUUUACCAGAAGCAAAGCCAAUAGUAAAAAUUGACUCUCCUUCAAAAAAGAAAGGGGUGCAUAAGAGAAGUCAUCAUCAGGGACCUGACGAUAUCUACUUGGAGGACCUAAAGGCUUUGGAACCUGAAGUUGCAGCACUUUACUUUCCCAAAAGUGAUUCUGAUCCAGGCUUCAGGCAGUGGACAGAGUCAGAUACCCUUUCAGGUUCCCAGUCACCCCAGUCCGUAGGAAGUGCUGCUGCUGAUAGUGGUACAGAGUGCAUGUCUGAUUCUGCUAUGGACUUGCCUGAUGUUACACUUUCACUUUGUGGAGGUCUUAAUGAAAAUGGAGAGAUUUCUAAAG